GUAAACAUUAAACAGUGGUGGCUUGGAUGUUGUGACUGCGAGUGAAGCCAAGCGUUGAGUGUGAAAUGCAAAACUGGCGAAUUCAAGACCCCCCCACUCCAGAUAAUCUCUGAGUCCGUCUCGAAGACUGAGCAGCCCGAGUCCCGAAAACAAUUGCAUAGAAAGUGAAAGAUCAGAGACAAAAGGAAAAGUCCGAGAAAGGGAAAGGUUGUGGCUUCUCGGGUUUUUCUCUUUUCUUAGAUGCUCCGUCAGGUGCAACGCCUAGAAGCCCCUGGCCACCCAAUUCCGCCCCCUGAGCCCCAAAAACAGCUGUUACACUCAGACAAUCGCCCACUGAUCAUUGAAACUUUUGCCAAAAACAUUUUCAAUCAUUUUUGUCCAAUGCCUAGCUGACUACGCGUUUUUUCGUAUUCAUCGAGAGCUGACAAAAAAUAUUGAAAAUUAAAGAAAAAAAAAACUCCCCUAUACCACGCGUUUUUAUUUUUAAGUCGAAUUGCCAUUGAUUCAUUGAGCCCCUUGUCUGUGUGACUGUGUCUGUGUGUGUGUGUGCCUGUGCGUACGUGUGUUGGUGAAUACAAUCAACGGAGCACGGCGAAAAAAGGAAAAAAAGCGGCCAAGCGACAUUGAUGCCAAUCGCCAGUGCAUUUGUUGUUGCUGCCUCCGUCCGCUUUUUGCAUCGGACCAGAAUAUAAUGAAAUAAAGCCAAAUAAAAUAUAAGCUAAAACGCCUUCAGUGGACUUCGGGCUGGAAUGAGAUAUCAGCGCUCUCGAAUUGCGCAGACAGCCAGCACACACAGAAAGGCACACAGAGAAGUCUCAAAUUAGACCGUGAAAGCCGCAAAGCAAAUAACCAGCAAAGCGUGCAAAAGGAAAAGCCAAGGAAAUUAUAUUAGGAAAGGGUGAAGAGGGGCGGCCACGUGCACACAGUAGCAGGCCUAGAAUAGCUAGAAAAUUAUUAUUAUGAUAAUAAAUUAAAGUUGCCAUUAAUUUAGCCAAAACGGAACGCGAGCGCGAGUGCGAUCGCGAACGAGGCCUGGGAAGCGGCCGCAAACGUGAACGUAGACGGUAGCAUAAUAACAAUAAAUAAUAAUUUGAAAUAGGCGAGCACCAGCCGGCAGAAGACGACCACAGAGAAGUGGCCAAGUGCAGCCUCCCGUUCCGGAGGAGCAGCGAGAAAAACCAAGGCAGCUCGAGCGCAUCGAGCGUGCAAAUUAAAAGCGCACCACAGUAGCCCCGACUCCAUCUCGACAUGGAAGUGGCCACAACAAACAAUCACAGUCAGAGCCAUCAUCAUCAUCAUCAUCUGCAGCCGGCGGGGGGAGCGGGCGGCUCGCGGUCCCCCUUCCAGCGGGAGGUGCGUGAAUGGCAACGCAUCGAUCCCAAUACCGGUGCCCUCUUCAGCGGACGCUUGGAGGCAGACCGCUGGAUAAAUGGACCGCUGAACAGCUACGGCAAGAUAUCCGACUCCCAAAACAUCUCACAGCCGAAUGGCACACAGCACACUCAGCGCAAACAGUUGGAGGUGCUGAAGGCCCGCACCGCCAACGGCGCCAUGCAGGUGAUCCGCACCCAGACAGUACAAAAGAGCUCGUCCUCGUGGGCCUCCUCCACCUCCACCACCACCACAUCCACCACCCACCGCACGAGCAAUGGCAUUGGCCACGAUCCACCAUCAAAGCCCACUAUCCUACCCCCAAUCGACCAGGGUGUUGACAUUUGCGAACUUAGCGACGAUUGCAGUCUCAGUGGCAGCGAUGCUGGCAUCGUUCGUACCCCAUCCGCAUCCGCAUCCGCAGCCACAUCCGCCUCCGCAUUCGCAUCCGCACUGAGCCAGGAGCUCAUCGACGAUCAUGUUGAUUUUGUUGUGAUUAAUGGCGAGGCGAGCGAUCAAGACGAGGCUGCCGACGAGCAUUUGCACAAAGUUGGCCACAAUUUGUUACCCGAUACGGCUCCGAGUCUGAAAUUGAGCAAUCUAAUGAAAAGCAGUUCGAGCAUUUCCAGCCAGAGCAGCAACAAUUCGAACUUAACAACUGCAACACAGGCGAGCGGCAACACCCACAGAAGUGCGGGCAAAAUAAGCCUACAUGCAAUUGUGGGACCAGAGUCAUCAUCAUCAUCAUUAUCGCCACUGUCAACAUCAUCAUCGUCAGCGGUUUGGGCCAAGCAGGCUGACUUAUAUGGCCAACUCCCAGGCGGCGUGGGUGGUGCUGGUGUUGCUGGUGGUGCUGACGUAGCUGUGGCACCGCCAACGCAGCGUCGUGAUUUGGAAAGUUUCCGGCAUUAUAACGAUGACGAUGCCGACGACGCCGACGAUCUGCGGCUCACCGCCCGUCACCAGCGUCGUCAGCAGGUGUCCCAGUCGGUCUACGCCCCGCCAUUGCCCUCGAUCGUGGCCUCCACUCUGCUCCAGCGCUCCCGCUCCAUAUCCACGGAUGAUCUCAGCAACGACUGGGAGCGAGAGGAUCCCGCCGAGCAGCCGGUGGGCGAGUGGCGCCGGGUCAGCAAGCUGCGUCGCUCCUUCCAGUCGCAGGAUCAUUACAAGAGUCCCACAUCCCUUGCCCCGCGUCCCGCGCGUCCCCUGGAUCUGCCGGGCAAUUCGGUGAGCGUGGCCCGUUUGCGGGCGGAACUGGAGAACGGACGUCGUCUGCACACGGCCAUGCGGAACAAUCACGUGGAUCUGGCCGCCCUGGACACCAUAUUGAACACUCCUUCCGCAGCCAAGCCCACGGUGGCCAAGAGGAACACCUUCCUCACGGCCGAAUCCCUCCAAGAGAUUCGCGGCAAGCUGAAGAAGCUCUCCGACGAGAGUCUCUACAAGGAGGACUUCCUGGCCUACCACCAGAAGAAGCCAGUGCUGGUGCGUGAGAUCAGCGAGGAGAAGGUGGACCCAACGCCACCGGCAUCCACAACCAACUCCGCCUUUCGACCCGUGCACAAUACCCACAGCCUGGAGAGUCGCCAGCGGCAGAAGGACACGAGUUCCAGUGAGUGGCACCUGCGGCGCAAGUCGUACGGCUUCGAGAAGAUGUCGCCGCCGGAGGAUAAGAGCAUCUUCCGGGUGGAUGCCUCCACGGACAGUGGGUUGGGCAGAUCGGGUGAGCAACUGGGCAACUGGUCGCCCACGGAAAGGGAGCGCGAGAGGAACGAGAGGAAUGCGGCGGCCCACCAAAACAAUGGCGGUGGGGGGACCAUCGUACAUUUUGGCCGUUCCCGGAAACCCAUUCCAGCAUCCAGUCCCACGGAAGGGGAGCUCAGCAAGCGGCACUCGAUUGCCGUGGAGGAAACGUGGCGCGAUGUCCGCAAGACCUCGCAGGUGCAUGUCAAUGGAGUGUCCAGCUCCACCAACACCACCACUCACCACCUGACCCACAAGGGCAGCGCCCAGAAGCGAGUGGAGUUCUGCAAGACGGAGGUGCACUUUGCCGCCGAAUCGGGUCGCGUCAAUAUCGUGGAGACCGACGGCAAGCCGCCGCCCACGCAAAACUUUCGCCGACGCCGCCGCACCACCGCCAGCGGUCCGCUCCAGAGUCUGGUUAAGUCAGCCAGUGCCGGCGGUGGUAGCAGCACCACCAGCACCACCACUCCAAGCAGCGAGGUGACCCACUUUGGCGACGAGCCACAGCGCCGCAAGACGAUAGCCACCAGCACGGUGGCCUACCGAGCCACGCUCAUGGAUCCGCCGGAGGUGGUUACCCAGCCAAUUUCUAGCAACAGCAAUAGCAGUAUCAGCAGCAGCUCCCAAGUGACAGUGACUACUGUGGCCAAGCCGGUGCAUGAACCACGUUAUAGCCUGAUGGAGUCCACUUCGCGGAACAGCUACACCUCCACCAGUGGUGUGGACACCACGGACAACGAGACGGAUGAGCUGUCCAGCAUUCGGGGCAUCCUUAAGAACAAGCCCGUCAAGCCGAAGCCCUAUCACCUGGGCGAGAACAUAGAGAGCGCCGAUGUCCUGUGGAGUGUGCCGACCAUGAAAGUGGAUCGGGAAAGUCCCUCAGCUAGGGAUAGUGGAACCACCAGUGACUCACCCAUUAGUCCCAAGUCGGUGGCCGAAAGGAUUCGCAUCGUAGAGCAGCGCCAACAGCAGAAGCAGCCAUCGCCCUCUGGCAAUGGAUAUUCGACCAAGAUCAAUGUGAGCCUGGGCUCGGAGGAGUGGACAGAACCAGGCACCGCCAUGCAUCAUCCAUCCAGCUCGAAAUACCGCCAGUUCCGACGUCCCAGUGCCCAGGAGCUGUUGCUGGAGGAUCUGCGCCAGCAUCAGCGCAUCCUGGACGAGGGCCUGAAGUCCACCUCGCUGAUAAUGAGGACCAUGCGAUCGGCCAGUGAAUUCGAUGAGGCCAUGCGUCGCCUGAGCAUAGCUUCGAUUGAGUCCGCCCUGGUUCAGCCGACGAUCGUGGUGCCCACGCCCAUGCUGCGAUCGCACAGUUACCAGGAGGAGGGCUCCUACUCCUCCUCCUCGCGCCGCCCCUCCACCGUGUCCACCACCUCCAUCACAAGCAGCGAUCUCUUUGGGAGUGCCCUCUACGAUUCCCUGCCCCGAACUCCGCUGGCACCGCCACGGCUCAAGCUGCUCGGGAACACCCAGAUCCCGGUGAGCCAGCAGUUGACCCAGCUGCGCAGGCUCUACGAUGCCGCCGAGCAGGAUCAAGAGGACAGUGCCGACGAGGAGGUGAAGCGCUACUUCCGGGACAGCAACAGUGACAGCGGAGGAGGCACCCAGGGCAGCUCCUCGCCGGACCAGCAGCCGGCGGAGCUGUUCAAGGGCAGCGAGUACUCCAGCAGCUGGAGUCGCCUGAAGGCCAAGCGAACCAUCUGGAAAAUCGAGGCUCAAGAUCAGAUCCUGCAGCGAGCAGAUCUUCCAAAAUCGAAUGUGAUGAAUAUAGCUCUCCACGCUCCCCGAAUCGAGAAGCCCAAGGCCACGCCCCCCACCCUGCGAAUUGGCCAACUCAUUCCGGUGGCCAAGCCGAGGACCCUGUUCAUUCAACCGCAGGUGCAGUCACAGGCUGCCACAGACAAUGCCGAUGAAUCCGGCAGCGAGUCCUUGAAGAUUGUGAAGGAGGCACGCGGUGCUCGCAAAUUGCGUGAACAUGAACUCUCCUACUUUGGAGUGCAGCAGAAGCAGCAGCAGCAGACGAAGAUCUCUACGUUGACCAGCUCGAAUCCCCGAAGAACACUGCCAAGUCGCAGCAAGGUGAGCCACAGCGACGAGGUCACCAAGGCCAACACCACGACCACCACCAAGUGGCAACUGCUCAACGACCGACCUGACCUGCUGAGGCACAGUAGUCCUCAGGAGAAGAAGAAUGCCCCGACCAACGACUUCGAUUUGGAUGAUAUGGAUCUGGAUGGGGAGGACGAUGAGGAACACUGCUACGAGAACAUCGCCAACGAGCUGACCACCACCUUCCGGGUUAAAUCGCCCGCCCACUCCCCGGAGCGAUCCAGAUCCCCUGGUGGCUACGAGCGGAAGAGCGACCUGCAGCGAGACGCCCAGAUCUUGAGCGAAAUGACCCGCAACGCUGAUCAGACUUUGAAGGCUCUCUCCGAUGAGGCAGCCAUCAAGGAUCAGCGGCGCAGAUCCUGUUCCCUGCAGCGUCGCAGUGCCAAGCCGCUGGAGACCAUUGACGAGAAGGUGAAGAUAUAUCCCCAAUCGAUGGGCGUGGCCCGUGGAACGUUCGCCUCGGAGGCGCGUCGAAACUCCCGACAAUCGACUCCUUCUCCCUCGAGGGCUCGCAGCUCUUCGCAGUCCUCCAUCGAGUGCUGUCCACGGGAUCGAUCCCGCUCCAGUUCGCGGGAGUCGAUGACCCAUGGCGGCGGAUCCUCGGACGAUCAGGUGGCCACCAAGCAGCGGGCCGAACGUCUGCGCAUGCGGACCCCCAAGCGAGAGAAAUCCCGUCAUGAGCCCAUCGAGGUUCGAAUCAACCGGCAUAGCAGCAAACCGAGGAGCAGUUCAAGUGCCACUGCACAGGGAUCAUCUUCCUUGGAGUCCAAGCGAAGCUCACAUCACAGUCGCCACAGUCGGGAGGUGGAUCACUCCAGUGAGACCAAGACCUCCUCCGGCAGUCGACUGGCGGAUGAGAGUCGUCCACGACAGAGCAGCCAUCGGGAUCGGGAGAAGGAACGGGAUCGAGAACGCUCCCGAGGCACCGAGAAACAUCGCGAAGAACUCACACGUUCCAGGGGUCACUCCAGUCGCUCUAGGCACAGUGAGCACCCGACGUCGGGAUCCCGGGAGAGCAGUCGCCCAAGUAAGACGAGAUCGAGUCGCAGUAGCCACGACUCCACGACGGCACACAAAAAGUCCACAACGACAGCCACGAGCACGACGGCAACAGCCAGUUCGAAAUCAUCGAAAAGCACCGCGCAUAAACCAUCAGCCAGCACCACAACAGCACUAACCACGCACAACGAACUGACGUACGUAUACGUAACGAAUUUAGCCCAUAACCAAACCAGCGAGGAGGCCACAGGGGAACCAACUGAAGAAGAGCCUGCCAAAGAGGCGGACUACGCGAGUAUCGAUGAGGUGGAGGUGGAUGUGGAUGUGGAGGUGUCCAAAACUCCAAUGCCACCGCCGCGCAGCAAACGCAAGAGAUCCCUGAUCCCAGUGCCCGUGAAUCAGCCCGCCAGCUAUGAGUACCGCACCAAAUUGCAGAUGAUACCGCCCAGCUAUUCGAAUCAGUCCACUUUGCGGUGUCGCAGCCUGGCCCACAAGAAGCACUCUUUAAAGGCCACCCAGUCGACCAGCUCGAGCUUUGCCUUUCUGCCCUAUUUACCCGCCAAGCGGAACUCGAGUGUUAGCCAUGUUUACGAUAACUAUCUGCUAUAUGCCACAAGUGAAGAUCCGGUCAAGGCGGACAAACUGCGGCCAUAUCAAAACAAUCUGAGCAAUGAGCAUGCGCAGCUUUUUGGCGGCGGCGGAGCCGGUGCGGGGGCGGUGGCCAGGGAAGGGCGUGGCCGCCUGGGCGGCUGGCCAAAGCGGCUGAAAAUGCGGCAGGUGCGCAGCAGCGUGUCCACCCACCAGCCCUUCGGCAUCUGCACAUGUUCAUAGUCAGCGCGGGAGAAAGCGAAAAAUAAAAAGAACCAAAAAUAUAUAGUCCCUUGGCUGCCAGGAUCUCGUCACAAAUAUAUGUACACACCCAAAUAAUCCCAAAUGCACGAAUACGUUUGAUCCCACUGCCGGCCAACAGCGAACUGCAUUCUCCUAACACCCAAAAAAACACCCAAACCACCACUGUGUUCCCUACUAAUACUAAAACCCCACAAAAAUAAUACUCAAGUGUGAGAGAUUUUCGUUGUUAAUUUUGAUUAUUAUUUAUUUCGGAGCGCACACAAUCAAAAACUCGGCCAAAGCACACACGCACAAAAAGAAAGGGCCUGUCUGGGUUCUGUUUUUACUUUUCACAGCACACGGUAAAAGCACACUGAAUGGACACCACCAUCAUCAGCACCAGCACACAAGCAGCGGCAAGCAUCCAGGAUCUGGACAUGGUCAUCGGGAGCAGCAGCCA